CGCAGUGGCGCUGCAGUCGUGUGCGACGACGGUUCUGAGGAAAAAUAGUGAUGGAGGAAAAGUUUUUCUUUCCAAUUUACGCGUGAAUUUUCUCACUUUUCCACCAUGUGAGCGUGGAAAAGGCUCCAAAAACCUCAAAACUCUGUCUCAAGUUGCAUUGUCCAAGUGUGUGUUACGUGUUUUUUGCAUUUUAGACCAUGUUUUCCGCUCAACACGGCCUCCCAUCCAAUGACGGUAGUGAUGAUUACAAUUUUGAAAAAGUGGAAAAUGCCAUGAAAUGGAGAGGUGUUUUCGUGAAUUCGCUCCGGAAGGUGCUGGAACAGGUGCAUCCAAAUAUGACAGCUCAGGAUGAUGCCUUGUUCUAUGUGGAGAGUCUUUGUUUGAGGCUGCUGGCCAUGCUGUGUGCAAAGCCACCACCUCACACAAUUCAGGACAUUGAGGAGCGAAUUGGCAAGACAUUCCCCACACCAAUUGACAAAUGGGCCCUCACGGAGGCCUUCGAUACUCUGGACAAGUCCAAGAAGAAGAAAUCUGUCCUUCCAGUGGACAAAGUUCACUCAAUGCUGCAGAAAGAGGUGCUUCAGUACAAGAUCGACAUUUCGGUCUGUGUCUUCCUGGUGGCCGUCCUUGAGUACAUCUCAGCGGAUAUCCUGAAACUGGCCGGGAACUACGUGAAGAACAUCAAACACAUCGAGAUAUCCCGAGAGGAUAUUGAGGUUGCCAUGUGCGCAGACAAGGUGCUCAUGGACAUGUUCUAUCAGGGCGAUGGAACAGGCUCUGCAGCUCCUAGUCCUCUGCCGCCAACACCAAAAGUCACACGCACCUACGAAGAGGUUGUCAAGGAGUUGAUUCACGACGAGAAACAAUAUCAGCGCGAUCUGCACAUGAUUAUUCGUGUUUUUCGCGAGGAACUAGUCAAAAUCGUUAAUGAUUCCAAGGAAUUAGAGGCAAUAUUUUCCAAUAUAAUUGACAUCUAUGAAGUGACAGUGACACUUCUGGGUUCCCUUGAAGAUGUCAUUGAGAUGUCGCAGGAGCACACGCCACCCUGUGUUGGCAGUUGCUUCGAAGAGUUAGCCGAAGCGGCUGAAUUUGAUGUUUAUGCGAAAUAUGCCCGUGAAGUUACCUCUCCACAAUCAAGGGAAGCUCUGGCCAAUCUCCUGGCACGGCCAGAGUCCAAUUCCCUGAUUGCAGCUGGGCAUGGAUUUCGUGAAGCCGUUAAAUUUUACCUGCCUAAAUUGCUCUUGGGACCCAUAUGGCAUGCAUUUUUGUACCUAGACUACAUAAAGAUUCUGAUGGAGAAGAGUCCGGCUCGUGAUGACCAGGAGAGUUUUGAACAGGUUCAGGGAUUGCUGAAGCCACUGCAGUGUCAACUUCAGUAUAUUGUUUCCACAUUGCCUAAGGAAUCAAUGGUAAGAAUGCACAGCAGAGCAAGAAGACAAAUUGCCAUCGAGAAGACCAAGGAGCUUCAGAAUACCGUUGAACACUGGGACAAGGAUGUUGGACAGUGUUGCAAUGAAUUUAUCAGAGAGGACACUCUGGCGAAAUUUGGGUCAGGGAAGAGGAUAACAGAGAGGAAGGUGUAUCUGUUUGAUGGGCUUCUAGUCCUGUGCAAGGCUAAUACGAGGCGUCAAACAGUGUCAGUGGGUGCUACGCAAAAUUAUGAUUUUCGCAUGAAAGAGAGGUUUUUCAUGCGAAAAGUCGAAGUAAUUGACAGAGCAGAUACCGAUGAGCUUAAGCAUGCCUUUGAGAUAUCCCCAAGAGUUCAGCAGGCUGUUGUACUAAUUGCUAAGAGUACACAGCACAAGAAUGAUUGGAUGGCAGAUCUCAUAAUGGUGAAUACAAAACCGAUGUUAGAUCGGAUUUUGGAUAGUAUUCUGCUGGAUAUUGAAAAGAAGCAUCCACUUAAGUUACCUAGUCAGGAUAUUUAUGAGUUUGCUGUGCCUGAUAGUCCAAAUAAUAUUGUGUUGGAGGAGAGGGAAUCAACUGGGGUGCCACUGAUAAAGGGGGCAACACUGUACAAGUUAAUUGAGAGACUAACCUAUCACAUUUAUGCUGAUCUCAAAUUUGUGAGAACUUUUCUCACCACCUAUCGAUCCUUUUGCUCACCACGUGAACUCCUAACCUUGCUCAUUCAGAGAUUCAACAUUCCCGAUCCCAGUAUUGUGUAUGAAAGUAGUUCCGGCACGAAGGAAAGUGAAGAUACAGAUAAAUUGCACAAAUGUUCCCAACGUGAAGAUUGGAAGAGGUAUAAGAAGGAAUUUAUGCAACCGGUGCAAUUUCGUGUACUGAAUGUUCUCAGGCACUGGGUUGAUCACCAUUUUUAUGAUUUUGAACGUGAUGGUGAACUGCUAGAAAAUCUUUUGGCAUUCCUCACGACAGUCACUGAUAAGUCAAUGAGAAAAUGGGUUGAUCCAUUCUUCAAAAUUGUCCAUCGGAAGAAUGAACAGGAGGAAAAUCACAAACAGAUAACUUUUAGUCAUAGUCCUCCGGCUAUUGAGUACCAUUUGCAGGUGCCGGAGAAUGAAUUUAAUCUCCUAACACUGCAUCCGCUUGAGCUAGCACGACAAUUGACACUGCUAGAAUUUGAAUUGUACAAAAAUGUCAAACCAUCUGAACUUGUUGGAUCGGUUUGGACGAAAAGAGAUAAGGAACUGACAAGUCCAAAUCUACUGAAAAUCAUCAAACACACCACAAACUUCACGCGUUGGCUGGAAAAGUCAAUAAUAGAAUCGGAGAAUUUUGAGGAGCGCGUUGCAAUGGUGACACGUGCAAUUGAGGUUAUGAUGGUGCUACUAGAAUUAAAUAAUUUCAAUGGCGUCCUUUCCGUUGUAUCUGCCAUGGGUAGUGCAUCGGUCUAUCGGCUCAAACUCACCUACCAGGCCAUUCCGGAGAGGUACAAGAAGUGCCUGGAGGAAUGUCGGGAGCUCAAUAAAGACCAUUUUCGGAAGUAUCAGGAGAAAUUGCGCUCAAUCAAUCCACCAUGUGUCCCAUUCUUUGGCAUGUACUUGACCAAUAUUUUGCACAUUGAAGAGGGCAAUCCGGAUCUAUUGCCCAAUACUGAACUCAUAAAUUUCUCCAAGAGGCGAAAAGUGGCUGAAAUUACGGGAGAAAUUCAGCAAUAUCAAAAUCAGCCAUAUUGUUUGAAAACUGAUCCAAAAAUUCGACGUUUUCUCGAGACAUUGGAUCCGUUUGAGGGGAAAAAUGACACUGACAUCAGUAACUACCUCUACAAUGAGAGUUUAAGAAUUGAACCAAGGGGAUACAAGCAAGCUCCAAAAUUUCCAAGACGUUGGCCAGAAUUGACACUCAAAAGUCCAGGAAUUAAGCCAAGAAGGCACAAUAAUAGUGGAAGUUCCAUUUCUCUGAUCUCCCUUCCCGGAUCUUUGCCAUAUUCCCAGAAGAGUCUAACUAUGAGCAGUAGCGAGGGAGAUUGGUCACCAACAAGUGGCAUUUCACAAGUCUCCCAAGAAUUUACAGUGUUUGCCAAUGUUAACAUUCAGGGUUCGCACCAUAGUAGCCUAAUGAAUGUUUCCCAUCCUUCAACAUCCCUAAGUACCCUAGCUACAUCAUCAAGUAUCGAUCUAAUGGAUCAGGCAAGCAUUGUCACAGCCUCCACGAGCCAUGUGCCAUCGACUCAGGGUGUACCUGAGUUGCCAAAGAGGUCUAACAGUAUUAUCUCAAUGGCGAGUUGCAGCAAUAUCGUCAUUGAUACAGUCAAACCCGUUCUCAGUCCUCGGAGUUUCGACUCCACUGCCAAUUCCAGUACUCUGCCAUCGAGGAGUUCUCCGGUGGUGAGUCCAAAGGUUUUACAGGCUUUCCGGGAGGACGGGGAUCUGCCGACACUGAGUCCGAGGGGAGAGAGAUUGGGGACACUGCACAGGGAGCAGGAACAGAGGACACCAUUCCAGGGAGCAACUACCACUACUACUGUGCGCAAUUCUGUUCGAGGGAGUACUACAAACAUCACGACAAACCAAGAAUCGGAAGGUGCCCAAAGUCAGUUACCGGGCAGCCCGAAGAUUCACACGACAGAGCCCGAAGUGGGUCCUUUGCCCAUUUCGCCGCACGUCAAUGUCCCAAAUACUCAUACCUUCAAUCACGUUCCGCCCCCUCUUCCUCCGCGAAUCAAACGUCGCGAGCCACUCGAUGGCGCCCAAAGUGCACAGCUCAAACAAGCCCCGGAUGCACCUCAGUUGCCACCCAGGGAUCUCAGUCCUCCGCCACUGCCGCCCAGGCACCAUUUGGCCGCCAGGGCGCAGGAAUCGGCGGCAGGAGUGUACAAUAAUUUUGAGCAGAAUCAGGCCAGAGGAGGAGAUUCCUCUUCUGGUGAAUCCACGCCCAAGCACCAUCUCAUGCUGCCGCAUACCAGCACCAUCAUGAUGAGGCGCAAUUCGGCGCUGGACAGGAGCCAGCGGCAAAGCACAUCCUCCGGUGGUCUUCCGUCGCCGCCGGUUGUGGAGGUUGGCGGAUCCAUUGGGUUCAAGAUUGUCAGCUCCACUCUCUUACCUCAAGUGGUGAUACCAAAAUUACCUCCGAAGCCGAAACCACCAAAUUCUGCGGAUCGUCAAACAAUGUUUUCAUAUCCUGGAACAACAAAUUUAGACUAAAAUAACUCAUAUGUUGGUGUCCAGCAUAAAAGAGAAAAUUUUCACAAUGUGUAAUGAUGUUGUUGAGUUGGAAGGGAGGGGGGGGGAAGCUGCUGAAAAACAAGUUAGAAGAAGAAUCGUCCAGAUUCUUGUCAAUAACUUUCACAAGAAAGACCAAUUCGAGGAGGAUUGUUUCAGGGAAAAUUCCAAAAUUUUCUCACAAUAAUUCCUCCUUUGAAGAGUUAAUUGUAGAAAUUUUUAAGGGAUUAUUAUGUGAUUGAUAGUGAAAAAAAUAACAGUUUACAGAGAAGAGUUUGUAAAAAAAAUAAGAAUGAUAAAUAAUAGAAAUUCUAUUAUAGACAAAAGGGAUGAGGAUAGUAAAAUGCAUUUAAAAAGCGUUCAAGGAAACAAGAAAAUAAAGUGUUUAUCAGGGAUUCAUUUUUUUUGUUCGAGAGAAAAAAAUCCCACGUGUUUUAUGAGGUAAAAAAAGUAAAAAAAAAAAAAAUAGAUGAAAAUUAAUGAUGUUGAUUAUAAAAAAAAGAGAGAAUUUGAUAAUGCCAAGUAUCUUUUAAAGAAUACACCACAAAGUGAGAUAUUUGAAAGAAUGUGCAUUUUAUUGUCAAUGUAUUUGUAGAGAUAUUAAAACAAAAGAUUAAAAAAAAA